AAUUGCUAGAAAAUAUAUACAGUAUUUGUUUGGCAUAUAACUUAUAAUAAUUUUAAAAAGCGCAUACAAGUGCUAAAUAAAUUGAAGUGACACUUAUUGGCAAAAAUGUAUUUACGGGUCAAAUACUGGAAUUACAUAAGCUUUGUGAUCGUGUCGCUCAUCCGAGUGAUUGUGCAUACCUAUGACAUCAUAACACUUCCAGUCUAUGCGCUAAUCCAGAAGCCGUGGAUUGUCAAGAAAAAGGCUGAUGCUAUACGAGCCCAGUCUAUCAAUGGCCAGUGGGAGCUGUUGGGCGAGGGGGCCAAACAUUUUCUACACGAUUGCCGUACAGUGGAUGAGGCCAUCAGGAAGUCGAUUGACUAUAACGGCAAAGACAAGCCAUGUCUGGCCUACAGAGAGAUACUUGACGAAGAGACCGAUACGUUGAAUGGAAAGCCUAUCACUAAAUUGGUCUUAAGUGACUAUAAAUGGAUAACUUAUGGCAAGUUUGACGCAAAAGUGACGAAUAUAUCGCGAGGACUGUUACUAAAUGGCGUCAAAUCUAAAGACAAAGUGAUGAUAUUUGCGGACACGUGCGCCGAUUGGUUCACAUGCGCGCAGUCUAUACUAAGAAUCGGGUCCACUGUGGCCACCAUAUACUCAUCGCUCAAUGACGAGGGAAUUAUCCACGGCUUGAAUGAGACGGAAGUAACUCAUGUGAUAACAUCGCAUAACUUACUGAACAAACUGAUGAAACUGAAGCCACAAAUCCCUAAAAUGUCGAAAAUUAUAUUUUUCGACUCAAAUAACAAUCAAAGCAAUCACUCGAUAGAAAACUUUGACAAUAAGGACGUCAGUCUUAUCGCAUUGUCUGACUUGGAAGAGAUGGGCCGACAAACCACUGAAGAGUUGUCUUACGAUUCGCCUAAUGAAGAGGAUAUUGCAGUCUUGUUAUACACUUCUGGAUCGACAGGAGUGCCAAAGGGAGUGAAGAUAACCCACAAGAAUCUAAUGAAGUCGUGUUCCGCUUACAAACUACUGGUCGACCACGUGUUGGACACCCGCGACCAGCAGCUAUACAUUGCAUACCUACCUCUCGCUCACAUACUGGAGCUCAUCACAGAAACCAUAUUGUUUGUCGUGGGCAUCAGAAUUGGUUACUCGACGCCAAACACGCUGACAGAUCUCGGGACCGCCAUCCGAAAGGGCGAUAAAGGGGACGCCACUCUAUUGAGACCUACAGUGAUGGGCGGAGUUCCCCUCGUGUUGGAUCGCAUUCGCAAAGGCAUUAUGGAUAAGAUUAAUAGAAAGGGUUUGAUCGCCAAAAAGUUGUUUGAGUUUGUGGUCGAUUACAAGGCAUUUUGGACGAAAAAAGGUUUUGACACACCCAUUAUAAAUAGCAUUGUUUGCAAACAGUUUAGGAGUUUAGUAGGCGGGAGGUUAGAUAUUAUGUUCGUCGGAGGGGCCCCUCUAUGUCAUGACACGCAGAAAGUUAUCAAGUCGUGUCUCAAUAUUACACUACUUCAGGGAUACGCGUCCACUGAGACUACAGGCGCCGGUUGUAUAAUGGAUCCAUGGGACCAGAGCUUUGGUCGGGUGGGCGCACCCCUAUUGGGCACUAGAAUUGAAUUAACCGAUUGGGAAGAGGGAGGCUAUAGAGCCACCGACAGACCCAACCCCAGAGGAGAGAUAAUCAUAGGCAGCGACUCAAUAUCAGCCGGUUAUUACAAAUUAGAUGCGGCCACCGAUGAGGCCUAUUAUGUGGACUCGUGCGGCAAGAGGUGGUUCCGGACCGGAGAUAUCGGCGAAGUCUAUGCGAACGGAACCUUCAAAAUAAUUGACCGCAAAAAGGAUUUAAUAAAACUCCAGUUCGGAGAAUACGUGUCGUUAGGAAAAAUUGAGGCCGAAUUGAAAUCCAACCCAUUUGUGGAUAAUAUAUGUGUUUACGGCCACUUAUACCACUCAUAUCUGGUGGCACUGGUAGUGCCAAAUCAGUUGGCAGUCGUGCGGCUCGCCAAACGGCUCAAAAUAGACUAUAACUCCUUCAGUGAAUUGUGUGAAAACAAACAAUUGAUAUCCUAUUUAAAACAUCAGAUACGGCGGCACGGCUUGAAUGCCAGACUAAGCAAACACGAGAUACCUGAGCACAUGAGCCUGUGCUGCGAGGAGUGGACUCCAGACAACGGAUUAGUGACCGCUGCCAUGAAAUUGAAACGAAAGCAAAUCAUUAAUAGGUAUCAGAAAAGUAUCGAUCAAAUGUAUGAAAACAAUAAUAACUCCUAAUUAGCGCAAAAUAAAUGUUUAUUUUUUACAAUCAUUGUAGUCAUGAUAGAAAUC